AGAAAGGAACGUGCUUCAUAAUCAUAACCUUAAAAAACUUUACCAUAUCUUUUCUCUAUCUGUUUCUACGAAAAUUUUCAUUUUUGAAAAUCGAGUUUUUUUAGCGGUGACGAUAAAAUGAGUAGUAGUGACAGUGAUCAGGAUAUUAUUAGUGAAGAACGGGAAGACCAUAAUGACGGAGAACGAACUGCUAUCAGGGAAGAACUUUCCUCUUUAUCCUUCGAAGAACUUCAAAAGUUAAAAGAGCGUAUUGGUGCCAAAGUGUAUAAAGAGGCCUUAUUUGGAAAGGAUGUGAAAAAGAAAAAUAGCACCCCAAAAGUUUUUAAACGAGAGAACAAAAAUAGACCUCGUGAAAUGAGCUCAAAGAAACCAGUUCCUAUGGUCCUUGAUGUGCCUAAGGUGAAGAAACAGGAAGUUAGAGAUCCUAGGUUCGAUCCCUUAUGUGGAGAAUUUGAUAAGAAACAAUUUUCGGAAAAUUACAAUUUUCUGUCAGACAUGCGCAUGAAAGAUAUCAAGGCGAUUCGAGCCGAAUUGAAAGAGACAUCGGACCCUGAGAAACAGAGGCAGCUGCGGCGAUUGCUGCAGAGGUUGAACGACCAGCACAAGGCCACCAAGAGGAAGAAGAUUGAGGAUAUAGCUGCGGUCAAGGAUAAGAAUCAAGUUGUACAGCAGUUUAGGGAGGGACGGCAGCCACAUUUCAAGAAUAAAUCCGAACUUCGGGUAGAAGCUCUCGUGAAGCAGUACGAAGACCUGAAGAAGGAAGGAACAGGCCGGAUCCAAAGGCACUUGAAGCGACGGCAGCAGAAGCUUAAGAAGAGAUCACAUAAGGCGCCAACAGGAGUCAGUUAAUAAAUUUGGUGGUAUCUUUUUUAGUUUAUGUUAAUCAAUAAAUUUAAUUUCUUGUAAUCAAUAAAUUUGAAAAUGUUAAUCAAUAA